UCAUCUUAAUCCCAAAGCCUUAAUCACCAGCCAAGAUUCCCCAUUUCCACCCCAAACCUCUCUGUCUUCCCAACCCAACCCAACCCAGUCCAGUCUUAGUCUAUUCCACUUAGAUUUCCUAUUAAUUUUUAAUUAACAUUAAUAAACCCAUUUUUUGUUUUCACUUUUCUGUAAUACAAAACUAAAAGCAAAGCACAAAACUAUAUAUAUUAUUACUUCCAAAUCAGUAAAAUCUCCCCUUUUUGAUCUUCUUCUUCUUCUUGUUGGUGCUUUUGUACUCAGAAAUGCUCAAGCUUUUUUGGGUUUAACCUUACCUUGCUCUUGUUGUCUGAUUAGGUAGUAUUUGAGGUGUUGUCAAUUGUGAAGCUGCUGCUGCUAACAUUCCAAUCAUCUUUCUCAGUUCAGAGUUAACCAAAAGAUGGCUGCUGAGCUUGUCAAUUCUGCAACAAGUGAGAAACUGAGUGAAAUGGAUUGGACCAAGAAUAUUCAAAUCUGUGAAUUAGUUGCUCAUGAUAAUAGACAAGCUAGAGAUGUCAUUAAAGCUAUCAAGAAACGUCUGGGGAGUAAAAAUGCAAAUUCUCAACUUUAUGCAGUUAUGUUGCUGGAGAUGUUGAUGAACAACAUUGGAGAACAUAUUCAUAAGCAAGUGAUCGAAGUUGGGAUUCUUCCUAGUCUAGUGAAGAUAGUCAAGAAAAAGUCGGACUUACCAGUGAGGGAGCGCAUUUUUCUACUGCUAGAUGCGACACAGACAUCCCUUGGCGGUGCUUCUGGAAAGUUCCCUCAGUAUUAUACUGCUUAUUACGACUUGGUGAGUGCUGGAAUACAGUUCCCUCAAAGGCCUCCUCCGGUCCCUUCAAAUUGCCAAGUACCAGAACCAGCUAAGAAUAAUUUACCUAACAGGGAUAACGGGAUUGCUCCACGAGUGGAGCCACAUGAUGUUCCUGAAUCUAGUAUUAUUCAGAAGGCUGGUAAUGCACUGGAGGUUUUGAAAGAGGUCCUUGAUGCAGUUGAUAGUCAGCAUCCAGAGGGGGCAAAAGACGAAUUCACACUUGAUCUUGUGGAGCAAUGUUCUUUCCAAAAGCAAAAAGUUAUGCAUCUUGUAAUGACUUCUCGGGAUGAGAAGGUAGUUUCUCAAGCUAUCGAAUUAAAUGAGAAGCUCCAGAAGGUUCUUACAAGACAUGAUGCCCUGCUUUCUUGCAAUUCUACAUUGACUGUGAACCGUCUUAUUGAAGAACAGGGAGAGGAGGAAGAAGAAGAGCCAGAACAGCUUGUUCGAAGGUUGCGGAAAGGAAAAGCUUGUGUGAGGCCUGAGGAUGAAGAGCAGUCAGCUGAGCAUUCCCACUUGGGUUUGCUUGGAUCAUCCAGGCCUGGGGAAAGGCUCAACCGUCCACUUAUACGACCACUUUGCUUGGAGCCAUCACCUGAAUCAAAUGGACAUCCUCCACCUGUUGCUAUUCCACCCCCACCUGCAAAGCACAUUGAGAGGGAAAGAUACUUCCAGGAAACCAAAGUGGAUAGCUCUACUUUGGCUGGCCACGUCAGAGGUCUCUCAUUACAUAGUCGCAAUGCAAGUAGCUCUCUCAGUGGAAGCAUGGAUUUUAGUGACUGACUGUCCUACUAAAGGGUCCUCUCUUGUGUGCUUAGUCUGUUCCGUUGUUUUUUAGCAGUUGAUAUGGUGCCGGCUUCAGAUUUGGUAGUGCUAUUGGUGUUGUGGACAAGUUGGAAAUAUGCGGAAGCUACUGUAUUAGAGUCAUGAUUCAUAUGUGAUCUUGUAUCCUGACCUCAGGUUUUGUGCUUUUAAGAUACAGCUUUAUAUGGUAGAGGAGUUGUACAGAGAAUUUAAUAGGCUAACUUUAUUCAAUUUAUUUAACACAAUGUGUUUUGCA